AUGGGGCUUGAAGAAGCAGGACAGCCAUCCCAUAGCCUGGGUGGCUGCAGCGGCCACCGUGGUCCCCCACCCCUUGCUGUGCAUGAAAUAAAGGAAAGUCAGGCAAAAUACAGACAUGUUGGAAUCAAAUGGCCUUUUUCUAGAGUGGAAAGAUCAGCUCCCGAGUGCUCACCUGAGGGACACCGCAUCCUCCGCAAUCCCUACCGCAGCACCAGGUUUGACUCACUGGAGCUGCAGCGAACGGCAAUUCAGGACCUGGUUUGUGACCACUCCUUGCCGCCGGCAUGGUACCGCUUUAUGAUCGACAACAGGCCCGCAGAAAUGCCAACGAGAUGUGUCGAAAUGAAUAAAUGCGGGACCCAAGCUCCGGUGUGGCUGUCGCUGAAGUCUGAAUCCCUGCCGGUUCCCGGUGAGAGCAAGCGGCUCACGGCCUGUGCUACCUGGCAGGUCUUCUUUGGGGGCACCAAGGACUGCUGCUUGUUUCGGAUACCCAUUGCCGUCAGGAACUGCGGCGAAUUCUUUGUGUAUCUCCUGCAGCCUACUCAAGGAUGCAUGGGCUACUGCGCGGAAGACAAACUCACAAGCCUGGCUCUGCAACCAGCGAUAACUCCCGAGCUUGUGCACGGUCGUGUCCACCUGAAGUGCUCUUACCACCGCCCCUCCUCAAAGCCACCGCUGCAAUACCUGGUGGUCUGGUCACGCCUGUCCACCCCUGGCAAGAAAGAGCAGAUUCAGCGUGACACCACCCUGCAGUCUUUUUCCUACAUCGAGAUGAACGGCGUAAAUCUCAGAUUGGGAGACACGGUCUUUUGCACUGUCACGGCUUUUACGAGGGAUGUUCCUGAGCAGCAGUCGUUGCCUGAAGAGAGCAAAGGUUUCUAUGCCGGGAUUAAGUUUUUACCAGAAUCGUUACAAAUUGUAGAGGAUAGCAAAGAGCAUGUUUUGACCAUUCUGAGCACUGUACCCAUUGCUUGUCCCGGGCAAGAUGAUUCCUGUAAAAUUACUUUACAGCUAAGUACUGAGGAUUUGGAUAGUCAGUUACUGAGGUCCCCAAACAUCGCCCUUUCGGCAUGCCGGGUGGAUCUGCGGUGGGCCCCCUGCUCGGAAAGCAGCUGUGCAGCCGCCGUGCUGACAGUGACGGCCGUGACGGACUUCGCUCAGGAUGGGGACCGCGUCAGCCGCAUCCGAGCUGAGCCAGUCGGACGGAGGGAUUUGCUUUGGAGGGCUUACACACCCAAGGAUGUGGAGGUCACAGUUCGAGACCUCCCAACAGGGAACUGCUACUCUUUCACUGAUCCACAUAUUAUCACAUUUGAUGGAUGGCGCUACGAUAACUAUAAAAUCGGCACAUUCCUUUUGUGCCAGAGCGCGUCGCGGGCAUUCGAGGUGCAUGUUCGGCAGUGGGACUGCGGAGGCCACCGCUCCGCCACCGCCUGCAACUGCGGCGUAGCUGCGCGAGAAGGGGGUGACACCGUGGUGCUGGACACCUGCAAUGGCCAUUUUCGACAGAGCAGACCCCAGCUAGCCGUCAAAAGCACUGAGGCAUCGCCACAUGUCAAAAUCCUAAAGUCCUACGGAGGGAGAAAAAUAACAAUCCUGUUCCCUUCGGGAGCGUUUGUGCGAGCCGACAUGAGCGAGUGGGGAAUGGGUUUGACGGUGAGGACACCGGGCAGCGACUUCAACAGCACCAGAGGUUUGUGUGGCCUCUUUGAUGGGAUCGGGCGCAAUGACCUGAGCAAUAUGGCCGAGGAAGACUUCAUCGAGGAGUGGAGAAUAGCUCCAGGGAAGAGUUUAUUUGACAAGACUCCAGCACCUUCUGAGGGGAUGCAAAGGAAAAACUACUGCAGAUGUCAGAAGGAGAGCCCUAAGUCUGUGCCUGUGGUAAACAGGCUGAACGCCUUCCAGGCUCCUUUCCCUCCGUCCUCUGGUUGCCAUUACGAUCAUGUGGAUUACAGCUCUGCAAUCCCAUAUCUAGAUGUUACAUCAGAGUUUGUCUCUCACUCAGGAAUAAAGUCUACUUUAAGAAAAGAUGAGAAACUGUUGACCAACUCUUUUGAUCAAAGAUAUCUGCCUAAAUCAGUCCAAAAGCGAGGUAGCCCCGAGAACCGAUUAAAACCCUUUGCACACAAUGUUUACAUGAAAAAGAACAAUUCCAUUAACUCUACCAAACAAAAAGAAGACCUACGGAGAGCAAAAAGGCGAGACGACUAUUAUGAGUACUCAUCCUUUCACCCCUUGCACGGCCCAAGCCAGAGAGACUCAGACAGCUUCGCAUAUUUCUUCCCAGAGGAUUACUUUGAAGGGAUUCGGACAAAACUUCCACUGACGUGGCCCACUCCCAAUGGCCUAACUGCCACCAAAGCUCGGGAGAUUUGCUACCAAAUUCUUGCAAAUUCCACCAUUGGCUUAGUGUGUAAAGGUCUCCUUGGAAAAUGGAUGGAUGAGGCAAUUGAUAUAUGCCUUUUGGAUCUGCAGCUCAAAGAUGACGUGGCUUGGGUGAGGGCACUGAUAGCCCUUUUGGAAAAUGAGUGCGAAAGAAGAGUGCUAGGAAACAGGAACAGAAUGUUUCGUGUAGGAAACCACCCAUCUGCUACCCAGGAGGAAAUCCUCACCGUCCUCUGGUGUCCCGCUUUCUGUAACGGCAAUGGACAAUGCACUGAACUGGGCUGCCAGUGCUUUGAAGAACACAGCUCCUAUGAUUGUAGCAUUGCCAAAAAGCAAGCUUUGGAAAUCACGGGUUUGGAGAAUGGGGGUCUCUGCGACAUCCGAGCCUCCGACUGCACCAGGAUCCGGGUGUUCGGCCUCGGCUUCAAAGAGUCACCCACCCUGCGCUGCGAGGUCACCAGGUUAAUUCAUCUCCAUGGCGAAUGGAUAUCAAGAGAACAAGAAACCACAAAAGCGGAUUUUCUCAGCUCUGAGGCUGUUGACUGCCAGAUUCCUCUCCUGAACUUUACGGAGACAGAGGCUGUGCACUUCGUGGCUGGUGAUGAGCCGUUUGCAAGAUGGCAAGUGAAAGCCCCCUCCAGCCAGCUGCUGACAUUUAUUGGUGAGAAUUUUGUUUACCAGUUAAUAGCAGCGGAUCCGGAAGGGUCAGCGGUGCUAUUCAUCUUAGAGGCUGGGCCACAGGAUGCCAGGCUCUCUCCCGCCGGCCUUCUCAUCUGGAAAGUUGAUUCAGAAGAAACACAGACCUUUGAAUUCACCGUGUCGGAUGAAUGCAAUGCACAGAGAAGAUAUUCUAUUGAGGUUGGAGUGAAGCCCUGCAGCUGCCUCAAUGGUGGAACAUGUGUUACCAAUAUUAAAUUCCCUCCAGGCCUUGGUGAAUACCUGUGCUUAUGUCCAAACGGAUUUGAUGGAGAAUUUUGCCAGGAAGAUAUUAACAACUGCAAAUCAAACCCCUGCGGCAGCGGAACGUGCGUGGACAGUGUGGAUGGCUACUUUUGUAAAUGUCCCCCUGGUUUGGGAGUCGUGUUUGCUGCUGACAUUACAAAAGCUCUAAGCGUUGAAAACGGCGAUGGCAAAGGUGAUUUGAACACGACCGAGGUUAAGCAGCAACUUCAAGCCUUAGAGGCAAAGGAUUCUCCUGUAAUGAAGAAUUUUAGCCUAAGUGAUAGACAUGGCCAUGCCACACCACUGUCACAUAUUACUACCUGUGCCAACAGGCCGUGUUUUCCCGGAGUGUUAUGUUUUGAUCGGAAACCCCCUUACAUUGGAUACGUCUGUGGCCGAUGUCCAGCAGGGUUUUUUGGAAACGGUCGGAUCUGUACCAAAGUCCCCAGACCAGGGAUGCCGACCCCUCUUCUAAACCGCAGCCUGAAUUCAAUGCACGUUGUUCAUACCCUUUAUGCACAACUAAAUGGACAUGCCGUUUAUGAUCGCUAA